AUGAUCAAUUUCCCAUCCUCUGCCCCCAUCCUGCCCCCACACAUCAGCAUCACUCCCACACGAGUAAAUACAGGAACCCGUUCCCACCUCAGAAUAGGAGCCGCUCAGCACCCAGAUGAGGACAGAGGCCUGGUUGACCGGAGGACCGACCCCUGGCUUUUGGUCUACUCCCCGGUCCCCGUGGCGCUGGUCUUCCUGCUCUACCUCUGCGUGGUGUGGGCCGGGCCCCGGCUGAUGAGGAGCCGGGGCCCCGUGGACCUGAAGGCCGUGCUCAUUCUCUACAACUUCAGCAUGGUGGGGCUGUCCGGGUACAUGUGCUACGAGUUCCUGGUCACAUCCUGGCUCUCAAACUACAGCCUCCUCUGUCAGCCGGUGGACUACAGCAGCAGCCCGCUAGCCAUGAGGGUAAGGAACCCCAAUGGUGGAACCAGAGAUGCUAUAUGCUAA